AUGUGGGAAGGGAGAGAUGUAUUGUUGUGUUUUGUAAUUUCCCCACUGAAAAUUCUGUGGGACUCUCUCAGAAUCAUACACUCCAACAAACUCCUGUUCUGUUCGAUUCUGUGUUUCGCCACGCUCCCUCUGUCGUUUCUAACUUUCAGGCUCGCCAUCUCCACCCACGACCUCCGCUCCCGAAUCUAUCACCUCGAAGCCCUCGCGCGUGUUGUCUCCACGCGCGUGGAGGCUCGCCACGUCUGGCACGAGUCCCGCGACACCGCCAGUUCGCUCAUGUGGACGCGCUUCUUCUUCGCCCUUCUCUCUUUCCCCCUUUCUCUCACCGCCGCCGUCUUCUCCAUCCACACAGCCGCUUCUGUCGCCCAUGGAAACCCUUCCUCUGCCAGGGCUGCCAAUUGGAAGCGUCCCGCCGUUACUGUCGUCUUCGUCUACGUCCUCCUCAUGGCCUUUGGGCUCGUGCCACAUAUCCUUGACAUAACAACUUUCGGGUUACCUGUAUGGAUCCGGGCCCUUACUCGGAUAAUCAUGUUGGGUGUUGAGGUUUACCUUUUAUCAUUUAUGAGUCUCGGAAUUGUGGUUUCUGUGGUGGAGGAUUCGGUUGGGUGGGAUGCUAUUCAGGUCGGGUAUAGUUUAAUUCGCGGAGAGAGGGUGUGCGGGUGGGUUCUCUCGGCCUUGUUCGUUUUGGUUUCGGGUUUGAUGAAUCGAAAAGUCGAAGUGAUGUUGGAGAGUCAGAAUUCGGAGAUCGGUGUUUGGGACAAAACAUUUUUGAUUUGUUCAUAUGCGUUGGUUGUGGUUUUUAGUUACGUGGUUGCUACUGUGUUUUACUGUGACAGCCGAAGACGACACGACCACAACAUUAAGGAAUCUCAAGAUGAUGAAAUUGAAGACUGUGUUGCAGAUUUAUCAGAACUGUAA